AUGGUGUCGGUGCCGACGGUGAUGUGGACGCUGGACCCUGUGAUCGUGGACGGCGGAGAGGCGUCGUCCGGGCGCAGCCUGCCGCUGCCCAUCUGGCUGCCCGGGCUGGACACGUCGGCGUCGCCGCUCUACGAGCUGGUGUACGUGCUGCAGGUGUGCACGCUGGUCGUCGCCGUCGAGGCGUCGCUCUACCUGGACGUCUUCUUCGUCGUGCUGAUGCUGGCCAUCGCCGGCGAGCUGCACGCGCUCAACGACGCCGUGGCGGCCAUCCGGUCGCCAGCCGGCAGGCCGGGCCACGCUGUACCUGCACGUGCGGUUACUGGCACUGUGGAUGUCGCCACCGGUGCCGCCCCGAGCGCCUACAAGGCUAUGGUCGGCGUCGUGAGCCGUCAUCAGCUGAUCUUGGCGUCCAUACGAGAACUGGAACUCGUGAUGAACCACUCCAUAUUCCUUCUCCUGUUUCUCAACAUGCUGAAUAUUUGCGUACAUACUUUCGUCACUGCCGUGCUGCUACAGAAGGAAGUACAGCCGACGACGAUGUACAAGAUGGUUAGCACUCUUCCGAUCUACAUGUACGAGACUGGACUCUACUGCAUCUUUGGACAGACAAUCAUCGAUCAGGGCGAGCGGCUGGCGACGUCGGCCUUCAGCAGCGGGUGGCCCGAAUGCGGGGUUCGUUUCCGGCGGGUGCUGCUCGUCUUCAUGCUGAGGGCAUGCCAGCCUCUCCAGCUCACCGUCGGCCAAAUGUACACUCUCUCCAGGCACACGUUUCUGCAGCUAACUAAUAAUGGUGAUACAUAUGGUGACUUGCAGCUGUAUGAUGAUGAUCAGUUAUUUACUUCAUUCUAUAUGUAUUAA